UCAUGCUACUUGCAAGCAGCGCAUUUGAAGGAGCCCCAGCAACGUGCACGGAGGAUGAACGAACCCUACAGCCCUGCGACGCCCCGACCCAUCAGCAGCACCUCACCCAGCACCAUGAAAAUGUUCAUGGGCUUCCUCACUGUAUUUAUUGUAGCACAGAUGAUUGGGACCGUACUCUUCUGUUUGUAUCUUCACAUGAAGAUGGAUAAGAUGGAAGAGGUGUUGAGCUUAAAUGAAGAUUACAUCUUCCUGAGGAAAGUACAGAAAUGUCAGACGGCAGAAGGUCAGAAGUCGACAUUAUUGGACUGUGAAAAGAUUUUAAAGGGCUUCCAGGACCUCCAGUGCAAGGACGGGGGAGCCAGUAAAGGGCAGCCCAAGUUUGAAAUGCAGAGAGGCCAUGAGCACCGUGAGCAUCCCCAUUUGAUGCACAAGAACGAGACAACUAUGGCAGUGGAGAAGAGGCAGCCGAUCGCAGCCCACCUGGCAGGUCAGAGGAGCAACAAGACAGUCUCAGUGCUAGAGUGGAAGACGACGAUGUAUGGUCCCAUGAACAACAACUCGAUAUCCUACCAGGACGGGAAACUGAAGGUGAAGGAAGCAGGGCUCUACUACAUCUACUCCCAAGUCAGCUUCUGCACCAAGGCAGCAACUUCGGCACCCUUCACCCUCUAUAUUUAUUUGUAUCUCCCCAUGGAAGAGGACCGUCUCUUGCUGAAGGGACUAGACACACACAGCACCUCCAUGUCUUUCUGCGACCUCCAGUCCAUCCGGGAGGGAGGCGUCUUCAAGCUCCGGGAAGGCGAUAUGGUCUUUGUCAAUGUGACAGACUCAAGACGAGUGAACUACAGCCGUGGCAGCACUUACUUCGGCAUCUUCAAGCUGUAGUGAGGAGGGGGCCGCCCCGAGCUGGGGGUCCAGCCCGACUUUUUUGAGCAAAGUGGCUUUCCCUGUUUCCCGUAUUUAUGUUCCUCUGCCUCUUUGGUUUUCUUGUUUCUUAAUUUGUAUAUUUUGUUAUUUAUUAAUGAGGGCCAAGGGGCCCUGAGAACACAAAUGGAACAAAGUUUGAAGCUGU